UCUACCUCCACACUGCUCUGCUUUCGAUACGUUCUGUGUGCUGGCUCAAUCUGUUGCUGAAUCCUCUGCUUACAGCUCCAUACUUGAUCCGCUCUUUCUGUGGAAUUGUGAUAUAUUACAGGAAAGCAGUUUAUUUUCACUCUUCUAUCAGACUCGCACUUGGAUUUUUUUCGGUGCAAGAAUUAUCAAUUUAGCCAUUGCAAUUUUUACUGAGUUUCUACUCUUUGCGCUGCGUUCCCUUCCUCGGCCAUAGAUGUCUUCGUUCUCAUUUAGCGCAGACAAACUCUCUCUAGGCAACCGUUGGAAAGCCAAAUCCUCUUCAUCGUCGUUGCCAAUGUACUACAAGGAUAAACCCAACUUGAAAUCUCCUCGUCCGUCCAAGAUCAUCAUGCUAGUCAAGGGAUUCAUAGGCUCCUUGGUGCUAUACUACAUCUAUCUGUUGACCUUCGGCUCUAGUGGCUUAUUUGGACUUACAUAUUCCAGCGGCUCCAAAUGGACUCGUGCCCAACAGGAAGUUAGACUGGCCAUGUUGGACUCAUGGCACACCUAUGAAAAGUUCGGCUGGGGCUACGACAUAUAUCAUCCUGUAAGACAAAAAGGUGAGAACAUGGGCCCCAAGCCUUUAGGAUGGAUGAUUGUGGAUUCGUUGGAUACCUUGAUUUUGAUGGAUGCCGAAGACGAAGUUGCUAGAGCCAAGAAGUGGAUCAAAGAAGACUUGGACUACAGGUUCGACUAUAAUGUCAACACGUUUGAAACUACCAUCAGAAUGUUGGGAGGUCUUCUUUCAGCAUUCCAUUUCACCAAUGACGACUCCCUCUUGGAUAAGGCUGUUGACUUGGCCAAUGCAUUAGAUGGUGCCUUUGCUAGUAAGACGGGCAUACCCUUCAGCUCUGUAAACUUAGAGUCUGGCGAAGGCAUUCCUAACCAUGUAGACAACGGUGCUUCGUCAACUGCUGAAGUGGCUACUUUGCAAUUGGAGUUCAAAUAUUUGGCCAAGUUGACUGGUGAAGUGUUGUACUGGAAUCGUGUAGAGAAAGUAAUGCAGGUAUUAGAGGCUAACCAACCAGCUGAUGGACUUGUACCUAUCUACGUCAAUCCACAAACUGGUAAUUACCAGGGUAAGUUGAUCAGAUUGGGUUCGCGUGGUGACUCUUACUAUGAGUACUUGUUGAAGCAAUACUUACAGACCAACUUACAAGAGCCCAUCUAUGAGGGCAUGUACCGUGAGUCUGUCAGAGGUGUGAGAAAGCAUUUGGUCAGAAGAUCGAAGCCCAGUGAUUUGGCUUUUAUCGGUGAAUUGGAGAACGGUAUCGGCAAGCACCUCUCACCCAAGAUGGACCAUCUUGUGUGUUUCUACGGUGGCUUACUUGCUCUUGGUGCUACCAAUGGUUUGACCUACAGCGAGGCUAAGAAGUUGCCGGACUGGACAGAUGAGAAGGAAGAAGAGUUCCAGUUGGGUGCCGACUUGACUUAUACUUGUUACAGGAUGUAUGCCGACACGCAGACAGGUUUGUCGCCAGAAAUCGCUGUGUUCAAUGAAGACAAGACACAAAACUCUGAUUUCCACAUCAAGCCUGCCGACAGGCACAACUUGCAAAGACCGGAAACUGUUGAGUCGUUAUUUGUUUUGUACAGAUUGACUGGUGACGAAAAGUACCGUCAAUACGGGUAUGAGAUUUUCAAUAGUUUCAUGAAGCACACCAAGAUAGAAAAUGAAAACGGGGACAUUUCAUUUACGUCAUUGAAGGACGUCACUAGUAUCCCCUCACCUACCAAAGACAACACGGAGUCCUUCUGGUGGGCCGAGACCUUGAAAUACUUGUAUUUGUUGUUCGACGACACCAACAAGGUACCGUUAGACAAGUAUGUGUUCAACACAGAAGCACAUCCAUUCCCUCGCUUUGACUUAAACAGCAACCUCAAGACCGGCUGGAUCAGAAAGAUCGACGGGUCCAAGGAGCCUGAGCUUCAACAACCCAUGGUAAAAAUAGACAAAAACAAACUUCCAGAAGCACAACCGGUAGAUAAGCCUGCAGCCGAAGAAGCUAAAGAAAUCCUCAAGAAAAACCCCGAAGCUGCAAAAGAGGAGAACGUCGAGGCCAACAAGAAGAAACUCGACGAAUUGAUCAAGGAUGACAUCGGUGCCGCGGCUGUCAGAGAAUGAGCGAAUAUACUAGUUUUGCAUUUGCCUAUCAGCAUGUAACAUUUAAUAAUUGAGAUAUUACCAGUCCGGAGAAAUUUGCAACGUCGAACGUGUCAUGACGUUCUGCAGUUUUAAAUAGGUUGCGUUUUGUUCCCAAUGGGGCAAGAAGUCCUUCUAGUCUACUAAGAAUAUGUAUGUAGUUACUUAGAGUUUACAUGCUUAUAGUUUAAUUACGGCCCGUAAUCGUAAUUACGAAUGCAUGGAACGCAAUAAAUCUCCGAAGAAGUGGG